AUGUGUGGGCGCUACGCCUCCUACCAGCGGCCUGCAGAGGUUCGUCGCCAGCUCGAGCAAGCUCACAUGCUCUCCGAGGAAGCUCCCGACGAUCACGACGUUCGCCUCACUUACAACUUCGCCCCGGGCAAUCGUGGCCUCGUUUACAGGUCAUCUGUCCCAGAUGGCGGGGCCCCGGACGUAGACGCGCCCGCAAAGCAAACAUACAAGCUGCAGGUCAUGAAAUGGGGCCUGGUCCCUUCUUGGACCAAGCGCGCUCCGGACUAUGGCUCCAUGCUCAAAACAAUAAACUGCCGCGACGACUCUCUGCUGGAGGACCGCGGCCUGUGGAACUCAAUGAAACAUCGUAAGCGGUGCAUUGUCGUCUGCCAGGGAUUCUACGAGUGGCUCAAGAAGAGCGGUGGCAAGGAGAGGAUCCCGCACUUUGUGAAGCGCAAAGAUGGCCAGCUGAUGUGCUUCGCCGGCCUGUGGGACUGCGUUAGAUACGAAGGCUCCGAGGAAACCCUCUACUCCUACACCAUCAUCACCACCGUCUCCAAUCAGCAGCUCAAGUUUCUCCAUGACCGCAUGCCGGUCAUCUUGGACAACGGCUCCGCAGCCCUCGGCGCGUGGCUUGAUCCCGGCCGCCGCGAGUGGGACAAGGAGCUCCAGGCGCUGCUCGAGCCGUACGCAGGAGAGCUCGAGUGCUACCCGGUCAGCAAAGACGUGGGCAAGGUGGGUAACGACUCGGCAUCGUUCAUUGUGCCGGUGGACAGCAAGGAGAAUAAAUCCAACAUAGCCAACUUCUUCACGCAGGAAGGGAGCAAGGAGGAAAAGGCGACGGAGCAAAAGGCAGAGGCCGAGAAAGGCGGUAAGGUUGAGGGCGAAGGGGGCGAGGCUCGUGGCACGUCAGAUCAGUAUGGCACGGAGGACAAGAUGCCGUUGGCUCUGUCCCCGGAUUCUGGUUGCAAGCGCGGCGUCAAGCGAGGGCACUCACCGCAUAGCAAGGCGAGCAAGAUGAGCAAGGCGAGUAAGGCGAACAAGGCGAGCAAAAGCGCGGGCGACGGCAGCCAGAAGAUCACGGCCUUUUUCGGAAAAUGAAGGGCGAAGGAUUGAUUGGCAUGAAGAAUACUGGUAGUGGCGCGGGUGACACGACACGCUGUAUAGUUAUUAUAAGACUCGGAC